AUGCGCCGUCGUUGCGGGGACGCGGGCUUCGCCAUCGGGCCGCCUCAGCCCCGGGGCUGCAUGUCGGUGGGUCGCGUCGGGCAAGGGCCGGCAGGAGUAAGGGCGCGUGAGCGGCGUGGACGCCGGCUGGCCGACUGGGACGGUGCGAUCCUAGCCUUCCACUUCUCUCCACUGGGCGCUGCUCUACUCGGCGAUCUCGGCGCCCUGUGCUCCGCGCCUUUAGCUGAGGCCCCGCCUCAGAGCCUGGGAGCCCCGCCCCUGCCGUCGGGCCCCGCCCCUUACCCAGCCCCGCCGGCCCGCGCCCCAGCCUCACAGCCUUUCGCAGGCAUCCACCCUGGUCCUCGGAUACCCGGGCUUGAGAGUUGCGCGGACCGCGGGGGCAGCCGGAGAACUGAGGUUUCAGCCUCGCCGCGCCUGACCAGAGCUGAAGGCUCCCAGACACCCCCGCACACCCGGUGGGGUGUGCGAACUGCGGCUCUGGGCCAGGCUGUCCCCUGGGAUGAAUGGGACGAGAACAAUGAGACCCCCUUCUCAAGAAGAGUUAAGCUCCCUUCAUCCAUGCCUGAAAGUCGAGUAUUACAGCUGCAUGCCUUAGAACUUGCUCUUGUCCUCGUAGUGCCUGCCCACCACCUGAUCCGGCCCAGAGUCUGGAACUUAGCACCUCGGACAGCUCCUGCAAGGUGCAGGGGCGGCCAGGCCUUCCUUCUCGCGAGUGCAGGAGCCGCGGCCCAGUGGAAGCUCGGGAAUCUCGCGAGAGCAGCUGCUGCAGGCAGAGGUGGCGCGGGCGCGCGAGGAACUGGCCCAAGGCGCGCGCGUGCGCGAGCGCGCGCGUACCCCGCCUCCAGACCCGGAGCGGCUCGCGGCCGGCUCCGAGCCGCAUCGCUAGGUGCAGGGCAGCGCUGUGGCCUUUCCGCAGCCGAACGACAGCGGCGGUUUGAGACAAAGAGGUGUGGACAGGCCGCUGGGCCAGCGGGUGCCAUCAUGUCAGAGAAGGUGAACAACUUCCCACCACUGCCCAAAUUCAUCCCGCUUAAGCCAUGUUUCUACCAAGACUUCGAGGCUGAUAUCCCUCCUCAGCAUCUCAGCAUGACCAAGCGCCUCUACUACCUCUGGAUGCGUGAGUGCUGUGGGGUGGGGGUGUUCCAGAACUGGGGAGCGGGGGAGGGGGAGAAGGUGAACAACUUCCCACCACUGCCCAAAUUCAUCCCGCUUAAGCCAUGUUUCUACCAAGACUUCGAGGCUGAUAUCCCUCCUCAGCAUCUCAGCAUGACCAAGCGCCUCUACUACCUCUGGAUGCGUGACAGGAGCCAUCUCCUCUGUUGCAGGACUGACAGCUCCUUCAGCUUCAUGGCAUUCUUCUUCACCUUCAUGGCCCAGCUGGUCAUCAGCAUCAUCCAGGCUGUGGGCAUCCCAGGCUGGGGUGUCUGCGGCUGGAUCGCCACCAUUUCCUUCUUCGGAACGAACAUUGGCUCAGCAGUGGUGAUGCUCAUUCCCACCAUCAUGUUCACGGUCAUGGCUGUCUUUUCCUUCAUUGCCCUCAGCAUGGUCCAUAAAUUCUACCGGGGCAGCGGGGGUAGUUUCAGCAAAGCUCAGGAGGAGUGGACCACGGGAGCAUGGAAGAACCCUCACGUGCAGCAGGCGGCCCAGAAUGCAGCCAUGGGGGCAGCACAGGGUGCCAUGAAUCAGCCGCAGACUCAAUAUUCUGCCACUCCCAACUACACAUACUCCAAUGAGAUGUGAACCAGUCAAGCCGACCGGGAGCUGGCUGGGGGCCGGUGGGAUGGGGGCUCAAACCACAGGGUCUGUUGUGGUGACCAAGCAGGGUUCCCCCUUCCCUUUUUCUCCUCCCCCACUUUGUACAAAGAAUCAGAGUUAUAUAUAUAUAUAUGUAUAUGUACCACCCCUCCCCCACACCCUCUGGACUCUGUUCUCAGCACCCUGAGAGCUGGGGGCUGCACUCGGAGCUGUCCCGUGCGGCGGUAGUUGUGUCUGUGUCCCCUUGUGAAUAGUGUGCAGUGGAGGUCUCUUGUUGUGGUGCUAGAUGUACGUUUAGAACUAAACCAGCCCCCCACCCUCCAUCAGGCUGCUCCAUUUGACCUCGGCCCUGAGACCCCUCAUGGGGCAAGGGGAGGCAUAGCAGAGAGCCUGACCCCCUCCCAAGGUUAUGAGCUGAAACUGUUUCCAGUUUUGGUCUUCCUGGGAAGCAGCAGUAUUUAGCACUCGUGGGGAUGUUGGUGGGGAGGGUGGAGACCUGCAGGGGAUCUCCCCUUGCUCCUUUGGCUCUGGGUCUCUGCCCUCCCCUCCUACCUCCCACAACCUCCUCCUCCAUUUCUCUCUUCCUGCUUCCUGUGGUCUCUUCGUCUGCCCAGGGCUCCUCUCUUCCUCAUGUGGCAUUUCUUCAUCUUCCUCCAGGCUGAGGGUCCUACUUGUAUCUGCUCUUGAGACUGAAGCCCAUUCUCAGAUCCAGGAAGCAGACAGAGGACAGGGGAGCUGAGCCCUGAGCCCUGAGCCCUGAUGUGGGAGGGCACCUGACCCGCAGGGGAUGGACAUGCAAGGCAGGGUCCUCUCUUCCCUGCCUUGCCUUCUCCUCCUCUACUUCCCAGAGCCCCCUCGAGCCCCUCUGCCUGUGUCCCUCCCCACACUCGCAGCUGCUGUGGCCUGAUUCUCCUGCCCUACCCUGCCCUACCCCUACUAUGUGCUAGGUGAUGUCUGCCAUCCACAGGGGCAGUUUGCACUGCCUUCCCUGAAGAGCUGGGUGGUGUCUGGGCAGUUUUCAGGUGUAAAGGUGCAGCUGUGUGCUUUCUAAGUCAUUUCAGUCAUGUCCGACUCUUUGUGACCUCUUGCGACCAGGCUCCUCUGUCCAUGGGAUUCUCCAGGCAAGAAUACUGGAGUAGGUAACCAUUUCCUACUCCAGGGGAUCUUCCUGACUCAGGUUUCCUGCAUUGGCAGGCAGGUUCUUUACCACUAGCGCCACCUGGGAAGCCCAGAGGUGCAGCUGGAACAAAGGAUCUGUGAAUAAUUACUGGUCUCUGAGUGAUGUCUGGUUGGCCCAAGCCCACUGGGCAGGUGCUGGGUGUCUCUGAAUGACCACUGGAUUCCUGGGAGCAAUAGCUGUUCUGUUUGGGUUUGAAGGGAUAGGCUCAGAGGACUGGUCCUGGAGGGGUGAGUCUUCUCCUCAGAGGAGAAGGUAGGCAGGACCAACUGAGAGGGGAUCAUGCAUCCCCCUGCCCCCACCCCCCCAGCUUGCUCUUGGGCAUAGGGCAAUUCUGGGCACUUGAACUCAAGGCCUAGGAAGAAGCACAGGCCCAACCCUGUGUGCAAGCACAAUAGCUGGAAUGUGAUUUCAGGUUAGGUGGGGUGGGAGGGGAGGUUCUCUGGCUCCUGUUUUUUAUCACAUCGAGAUUACUUGCUCCCCUCUGUUUAUUGGACUUGAUUCUUAGCCCUUCCUCACCCCCAUUAGAACCCCCUUUUCUUUCCAGGACAGUGAUAGAGGACUGUGGGCCUGUUGUGUCCCAGGCAUUGUGAGAAUGUUGUUGGUAGAGGUCCUGGCUCUCUUGGAGGCCUGAAGAGGAGUGGGUUCUUACCCAUGGAGCAGCUGCCCAUUUCUCACUCAUCGCCCCUACCUCCCACCUGGGUGAUUUGGCUUGAAAAACCAAACUCCACCUGGCCACUCUGGGUGGCUCCAACUUAGAACGCAGCAUCUGGAUUUCCAAGAACCAUCUGAGCUUUGAGAUCCAGGUACUUCAUUUUCCUACAAGGGGAACCAGGGCCUCUGGGAAGUUAUCUUCCUAAUGGCCCCUUAGGCUUGGGCCAGAGUGUGAUUGACUCUCUCCUCUACCACUUUCUCUUUGGAAAGAAGUUGUCACAGCCCCUAGUACCCAAAAAGAGACCCUAGGUCUAGGUUCUUCCUUUUCUCUCUCCCCGCCCAGACCUCUGGCUUUCUUUCUCUUCCUCUCUUCGGUAACUCCAGGAGGCCUGUGGUCUAGCUGCCAGCACAGCAUCCUUGACCUGUUGGAUGCUCCCUCCCAUCAGCUUCCUGUCCUACCCGACUUUGCUCUUUCCUGGCUCAGACCUGUAUGGCCAUGCCCUGGCUCUGCCCUUUGGAAGACCUGCUAUACCUGCGUGUGGCCCAGCUUGUCGAGGCCCUGGGAUGCUGCAUCUCCAGGCAUCUAUGCACUUUCCUGGGGAGGGAACCGAACGAGAAGUGGGGGCUGGGCACAGGUUCAUCUCUGCUGGAUGGUCUGGCUUGAGGGUGGGGUGCAGGAAGGCUGAGGUCAGUUCUAAGGUCAGGUCUUUGGCCAGUGACCUGCUUUGCAUUCUGCUGGUGCCCACUGCCCCUCCUUGUUUCUGGGAAACACAGACCAUUCUCCAACUGGCAGUUGACCUGCCUGAGCCAAUGUGUCUGUCUGUGGUAACUGAGUGAAACAUAAUAAAGGGGAACAUUUGACCCUCUG